AUGGACAUCACUUCGGGGCCUGUCCUCAAGAAUGAGGUUGCACCAGACACCAAGCUCGUUGAAGAUGGCCCGCGCCGCGCAGAUGGCGUUACCCAGCUAUACGAAGGAAACAUUUUCGAGGCGACGCCCGAAGACCGUCGCCAGAUCGGUGUCGUCAGUGCAUCGUUCCUGAUCUUCAAUCGCGUCAUUGGAACCGGUAUCUUCGCUACCCCGAGUACGAUCCUGUCGUUGUCCGGGAGUGUCGGGCUAUCGCUAUUCAUGUGGGUUGCUGGCACUUUGAUUGCCGUCGCCGGUACUGCGGUCUACCUGGAAUGGGGUACUGCCAUUCCUAAGAACGGAGGUGAGAAGAACUAUCUCGAAUACGUCUACAAGAAACCCAAGUUCUUGGCCACGGCCAUGUUUGCUGCCUACGCCGUUUUACUCGGAUGGGCCGCAAGUAACAGCGUCGUCUUCGGCCAGUAUAUCCUCAACGCCGCCGAGGUAGAAGUCGACCGAUGGAACCAGCGAGGUAUUGGCCUUGCUUGCAUCACUGCUGCGUUCCUGAUUCACGGCUUCGCGCUGAACUGGGGUCUCCGUCUUCAGAACCUGCUUGGUAUUGUCAAGCUCAUCAUUAUCAUCUUCGUUAUUGUCACUGGCUGGGUGGCUUUGGCUGGCCACACGAAGAUUGAGACGCCUCACAACUUCCAAAAUGCCUUUGAGGGAACUACUGGAAGCGGAUAUGGUGUUGUCAUGGCAUUGUAUAAUGUCAUUUGGUCGUUUAUCGGCUACUCGAAUGCCAAUUACGCCCUGAGCGAAACCAAGAACCCCGAGCGUACAUUGAAGAUUGCCGCCCCCGUCGCAAUUGGGUCUGUCGGUGUCCUUUAUAUGCUCUGCAACAUCGCCUACUUCGCCGCAGUCCCGAAAGACCAAUUCCUCGCAUCAGGCAACAUCGUCGCAGCGACGUUCUUCGGGAACAUGUUCGGCUCCCGCGCAGAGCGCGUCAUGUCUGUCUUUGUGGCUUUGUCGGCAUUUGGAAACGUUCUCUCUGUGAUCUUUUCGCAAGGCCGAAUCGUACAGGAACUCGGCCGCGAAGGCGUCCUCCCCUUCUCUAAAUUCUGGGCCAGCAACAAGCCCUUUAAGUCCCCUGCCGCUGGACUCUUUGAACACUGGGUCGUCUCUGUGAUUAUCAUGCUUGCUCCGCCUCCAGGAGAUGCCUACAACUUCCUCGUCAACCUGAUCUCCUACCCGCUCGCCAUUGUAAACGUCUUCGUCUCCGCCGGUCUAAUCUACAUUUACCUCACGAAAGAAAAGAACUUCCCGAACUGGGCUCCCGGCAUCCGCGCAACCCUCCCUGUAACAGUUUUCUUUUGCCUGUCAAACAUCUACCUCGUGGUGGCGCCAUAUAUCCCGCCUUCCGCCGGCCAAAGCGUCUACGAAGAGCUCCCUUAUUACCUGCACUGCGUUGUUGCAUUGGGAAUCUUUGCGCUUGGCGCUAUCUAUUAUCUUGUUUGGGCAGUUGCCAUGCCGCGCCUCGGCGGGUACGUCCUUGUUAAAGAGACAGUCGUCGAUGCCGAUGGGUGGAGUAGGAGUGUUUUUACGAAGAUGCCUGUUGCAAGGGUGAAGGACGAGGGGUUGCAUUUCUAG